CUAGUGACCCCACGUAGACACAUCUUUAAGAUUGUCUUGAAAUAUUUGUGAGUUGACGAAUUGUGUGAUUGUGUCAUCCAACAGUUACCGCGAGCCCUGUGAGGAAGAAGAGUCUAUACAGGUCUAAUAAAUAAACAAUCCAGAGGCAAGAAGGAAAUUCCCGUCUGUUUUUUCCUGUUCCAGUGCGUCGUGCGCAGCGCAGUGUUACCACCGGGAGCGGUACACAUUUUCUAUCGGUCUGAGGGAAAGACCACAGCAGCGGAGGCGACGGACACAUAAAAAGAGGACGAAACCUCCGUGUCUGACAGCCGAAGAAGAAAAAGACACUGCGGGUUUUCCGCUUAUUUUCAAAGCUCUUUUAUCCCGAAGCACCGAGGCGGGAGGAAAGGCGGUCAAACCUGAUGUCCCGUUUUGAGUAGUGCUGAUUUGCAUUAUUUAAUUUCUCACAAUCAUUUUUUUGCGAUUAGAGAGGUUUUGAUCGUGUAACAUUUUUCAUCGGCCUAUCUGUCUCUUUUACAAUAAUUGCUACUGGGUGAGGAAAUAGCUUUCAUUGCCCGCUAAGUGUUACAUAACCGAGUGGCUUUAGCUGUCCAAGGUGCUGAACUGAACGGUCGAAACCUAACGGGACGAGCUGUGGGGAAUUUUAAGCCUCGCGUCACAGGCCUUUCAGUCGGGAGGAGGAAAGCACAGGAUUUCAUCUUACUGAACCGACGGGAAGCCGCUGGGUUAUAUUCUAAUACAUAGCCUAUAUUUUCUUUAUUUCGACCCGUGGUGAAAUAAAAUCCUAAGGUGGUCGAUUCAACGGAGAGAAAAUGUCGGGGCAAACGCUCACGGAUCGCAUCGCCGCUGCGCAGUACCAGCUAACGGGAUCAGAUAUGGCCCGGGCUGUCUGCAAAGCCACCACUCAUGAAGUGAUGGCGCCCAAGAAAAAGCACCUGGAAUAUCUGGUGUCAGCCACCAAUACCACCAACGUGAACAUCCCUCAAAUGGCUGACACACUGUUUGAGCGAGCUACCAAUGCCAGCUGGGUGGUUGUCUUCAAGGCCCUCGUUACUACUCAUCACAUGUGUGUCCACGGCAACGAGAGGUUCAUUCAGUAUCUGGCUUCCAGGACCUCCUUGUUCAACCUCAGCAAUUUCAUUGACAAAACCGGCUCUCAUGGCUACGAUAUGUCUACGUUCAUCCGGCGGUAUGGACGGUACCUAAAUGAGAAAGCCUUCGCUUACCGCCAGAUGGCUUUUGACUUUACCAGAGUCAAGAAAGGGGCUGAGGGAGUGAUGAGAACCAUGACCACUGAGAAGCUGCUGAAAGGAAUGCCAGUUCUGCAGACUCAGAUUGAUACACUCCUGGAGUUUGAUGUUCAUCCCAAGGAGCUGAACAAUGGGAUCAUCAAUGCUGCAUUCAUGCUUCUCUUCAAGGACCUGGUCAAACUGUUUGCUUCCUACAAUGAUGGAAUCAUCAACCUAUUAGAGAAAUUUUUCAAGAUGAAAAAGAAUGAAUGUAAGGAGGCCUUGGAGAUUUAUAAGAGGUUCCUGACCAGAGUGACAAAAAUUGGGGAAUUCAUGAAGCUGGCUGAGACAGUUGGAGUGGACAAAAACGACAUUCCUGACAUCAACUAUGCUCCCAGCAGUAUCCUGGAGUCUCUGGAAACACAUAUGAACGGUCUGGAGGAUGUAAAAGGUGGAAAGAAGGGUGAAGGUGAAGGGUCUCCAACAAAGGGGUCACCAACAAACAACGUGUCUCCAACGUCAACUCCUGCCAAAUCUUCAAAUGCUGUUCCCACACUGCAGCCUCCUCCUGGAGACGGUGCCGCCAGUGCAGCAGCUUCAGCUGCUCCUGAACCAGCUGAAGAUUCUCUGUUGGACCUGGAUCCUCUGUCCUCCUCUGGUCCUUCAGCACCAUCAGCUGCUCCAACAUCUUGGGGGGAUCUUCUUGGGUCAGAAAUGGGCGAUUCUUUGCUAUCUGAACCCACCCUCACCGCAGAGCCUGCCCCCUCCCCUGCAGCGGCAACGCCCACUCCUGCAGCGGCAGAACCCGGAGUCUCUCUAGCUCCUCCCACUAGCACAGCAGCCGCCACUUCUCCUGGUGCCAUCAAUAUGGACCUGUUGGGAGAGACCUUUGCAGCACCUGUUUCUGCUCCUGCUACUGAGGCCUCUGCAGCAGCAACAGAGGGUGGUGCUGCCGCUGCAUCCACCCCAGCUGCCAACACUGGAGCUGAGUCCACAGGAGGAGAUGCCACAUCUGCAGCUCCUGCUGCCUCUGAUGCUGAGCUGAUGUCAGUAUUUGAUGGUCUAGGUGAUGUAAUGAAGCCCACUGUGACCCCUCAGGCGGGUGAUGCUGACACCUCCAUGGCUAAUAUGGCUAGUAACCUCACAAUGGGAACUCCAGCGGCCCCUCAGGUAGCUCCCCCCAGUUGGGGUGCUCCCAUGGCCGGGGCUCCAGUCACUGGAGCACCAAUGAUGCCCAUGGCCAGGCCAGGAUUCCCUGCACCCGGAGUGACCCCAGGAGCUCCGAUGUCUCCUGGAAUGGCCCAGAGCCCCAGAAAGCCCCCACCACCCAGGAAUGCUCUGGAUGAUCUAAAUAUCAAGGAUUUCAUGUAGACUGCCUGACCUAUAAACCCCAAGGUUUGUCUUUGUGUCUGGAGCUCUGUGGAUGUGGAUGUCUGCACUCCCCCCUCCCACCCCUUCAGCCAGUCAGCCAUCAUCUCUUCUAUCUUUGCCCUUUAACCUCCUUCUAGUCUUGACUCCUCCUUAAAAAAAAGCCCUCCUUAACUAAUGUUGUAGCACAACUGUGAAUGUGAACCCUAGAUACAGAAAACUAAAUUCCGUUAAAGUGUGUGUGGGUGUGUGUGUAAUUCAGUGUUAAACUUUACUUAAUAUACAACAGAAAAGAAAAAAAAAACAGUAAAUGUGUAUUUAGAUUCAUCCUGGAUUUUGGCAUAUCAGCUGGUCUUGGAAUGGUGGAUAUGUAUUGGUUUCUUUGCGCAUCUCCCAGACAAGGACUGUGUUGUUAAAUGUGAACUGUUUUCGGUGUAACUUCACUGGCAUCCCCUCCCCCCACCCCUACCCCGCCGACCCACUCCCACUCUUCUACCCCUAAUGUCCAAUCUAAUAUGAGCUGUGUUUAAUGUCAUCAAGGACUUGGUUGUACCCAUAUCUACCUGGCCGUUCAUCCUCACACCUGUUUACUUCAAGUUUUUGGCAAAUUCCAAAUGUACCAUAAUGCAACUUGCACUGGAAAUCUGGACUCAUCAUUGAGCACUUGAACAGUGUUCAGUUUCAGUUUUUCCUUAUGUUUUUUUAGGGAUGGUAUAAAACAUGCAAAAAUUUAUGUACUGUAUGUCAAACUGACAUAUGCAUUUUGGACUAUUUUAAAUUAAACACAUAUUUUCUUUAAUCUUUAUUCUGAGAAAAAAUUAUCCUAUAUUUUAGUUACCUUGAAUGAUAAAAAAAAGGCAAGUAGACAAAUUUAUCCUCUUUCUUUGUACAUACUUCUCAGUAAUAAGAAGUGGUAUUGGCUGGAAGUGUUACCCAGAGUGUGUUUUGUUGCGCCCUUUGCUGGUGUGGAGUGAUACUGCAUCAUCGCAUGCAACACAGGUCAAUCUGGGAUGCAUUUUAGUGCUCUAAAAAAAGGCUUCUUUUCUUGUGUUGGUCUCACCACAAGAGGAGUCAAUGACAGGGACAUAGAAGUAAGUGUGAUUGAAUGAGGCCUCAGUUCUUUAUGGCUCAUUUCUGAUGCAGUACAUUUGCUUAUGCGCUGCACCUGAAAUUGUAGGGACUCACUGUAAAGCACUUGUGUAAGCUGGAUUGUUUCUGUGUAUUAUUUAUUUUAAAAAAAUUGACUGUAUCUUAAUCCAUUGUGGCAUUAACAAUGUGUUAAAAGAAAAAUAAAGAUGACUAUGACUCAUCAAACAAAAAGUAUGUGGAUAAGUAAUGUUUGCUAAGUAUACAUAUGAAGGCUGUUUCUUUUUUCUUUCUAUUUCUUCUUUUUUUUUUUAUAAUGGAUGGUAUCAUCCUCCCUCCCACCUGCAUGUGAGUCAAAAUGAGAUGCAAUAAAAGACAAAUACAC